AUUCUCGACUUUCUAGGCCAGUCGAAUACGCGUACGUACGAAUUCUACCUCCAUGGUACGAAGUAAAAGUGCUGGUUUCUUCUUCCAGUGUGUAUAUUCCUAAAUGGUGGGGUAUAGUCGUAUACAAGUUGCAGUAAAUGAUUCUCCACUAAAACUGAUAAGCCAUCAUGUGAAUAAUCAGUGUUAAUCAACAACAGUGUUAAUGUUCUUCAUAAUAAUGCUGCUGCCAACAUCAAACGGUCUUGGGAUGUUUUCUUCACUGCUCAUCCGACAAAGAAUUUCCAAGUUCCUUGUUACGACAAGAGUCUUGUCAAGUACAAGCCCACUGAAGUCUUUCCAGCAUCUGAAACCAAAGCAGCUGACAGCCCUUUCCCCUCAUGGGAGACAGGGAACAACUCAAGGGACCAGAUCUGUGCUUUACAAGAAAUCUGCUGUCGGGAAGCAAUUUGGACCUAAUUUGACAAGACAAACAAAUCUCAGUACUGCUAGUAACCACAUAUCAGGUGUCAACAAUGCAAGAACAGACCUCCUGUCUGUUACUGUUAGACAACACAUCACAAGGCAAUUCCACACAAGCUCAAGCAUCUUGACUGACCAAAGCGAUUCGAAUGAAAACCGCGAUGUUGCGACAAAGACUACUCUGGGGAAAAUCCCCGAUUCGGAGAGGCUGCAGCUUGUCUUCACUUGCAAGGUGUGCGACAGGAGGUCCACGAAGAGCAUCUCCAGGCUAGGGUACGAGAAGGGCGUGGUCAUCGUGAAAUGUCCAGGAUGCGACAAGAACCACCUGAUUGCUGAUAACCUGGGAUGGUUUGCUGAGGCCGGGGGGAGGAAUAUUGAAGAGAUUCUUGCAGCUAAGGGGGAGACAGUCAAGCGGACCAUCGAUGAAGGAGAUGUCUUGGAAUUAACACAACUGGAAUGCGAUAAAAAAUUAUAGGACUUGUAUAGCAAAUCAUGGGCACAGUUUAAGUCUCAAUCUCCCCCACCAAAACUUGUUGGUACAGUGAGGAAUAUGAAGUUCAAGAAUUUGUUGCAAGCGGGUUUAAAUAUCAUUCUGUAGCUUAACGAUACAAACUUUCUUUUGGGGGUGGGGAUGCAAGAUAUAUUUUUGUUAGCCAACAGCAAGAGACAAAUCACAAGUCAGUCAUAAGGUAACUGAUAACAGGAUGAACUAGACGAAACAAUUCCCUUUUUCAACAGUUCAUUUGAAUAGCGUGUAUGUGUAACUUGUCUCGAGACUGAAUUGUGUGUACUUGUUGUAGUUGAUUUGUGAGGACUUGCCCAUAACACUGGCAAAACAAAUGUGACGUGUUCUGGCAAAAUGAACUGGGCACAGGCCAUAGUGGAGAAAAUGGAAAAAAAACCCCCAAAAACCACAAAAAUUGGGGCGUUUUUCUUUCUUUCGAUUUUCAGUUUCGCUAAUAUUUGCAAUCUUUGAUACGUCUACCACAAAUAAUUUAUGAAAUAGUACAAAGAAAACAAAUUGAUAUUUUCGUUUUCAAAACUUGAAACUUUUAAGGCCUUUUUCUCAGUACUUUGUACAAAUGUAUUUUACUUUUUUGACAAGUUGAUAAAAUGCGAAUGUUAAACAGCCAUAACUUGAACAACAAACAGCAACAAGCAGUAUUGUAAGGAGAAUUUUAUUUGUUUUCCUAAUACCCACAAACCCUCAUUUCGACCUCUACCCAGUUCUGUUUCAUUUUGCCAGACCUCACAACUGUCAUGGUGAAUUACAUGUGGUUGCUUAUUGAAUACUUCAAUAAUUGUUUCAACAAAAAUAAAAAUCAAGGAACAUGUUCUUUUCUUGAUCAUAUAUUUGUACAGUGCAUUCUUCCCACAAAAUUGUUUGGUAACUGAUUGCUCAAUGUUACUGCAAAGCUCAAAUAAAUUAUUUUUCUGAACAGUAUAGACAAUUUUAAAGACUUCUGCUGAAAAA